AUGUCUGACAAGAUGGCCAAAACCGGCGCUGCUGCAUCAGCCUCAUCAACGACCGAAGCAGCCGGUGAUGAUCAACAUUUUAUUACGACUAGUGGCGAACAAGAGAUCGACGGUGUGCACCCGCGGUCUCCUGGCUCCAGCAUCGUCUCCGAGGAAGAGAAGACGGAUCUCGAAAACCCAGCGCCUCUAUCACGCCAGUCAACGCAGAUCGGACCCGCCGUCGUGGUUCCACGACUCAAGCGCAGAGGAUUGUUUGGCCAACUGACCUUGGUGGCCGAGGUCGAGAACCCGAAAACCUAUCCGCGGAAGAUGAAAUGGUUCAUCACCUUUAUCGUCGCGGUGGCCGGUGCCACGGCACCAAUGGGCAGCUCAAUAUUCUUCCCCUCGCUCUCUCAGGUGGCCAGGGAACUGAACACAACCACGACCAUUACCAACCUAUCUAUCGCCUUGUACAUGCUGAGCAUGUCCAUCUUCCCUCUCUGGUGGUCCUCUUUCAGUGAACGUCUGGGUCGACGUACAAUUUAUCUAGCGUCAUUCCUUCUCUUCGUUCUUUUCAACUGUCUUUGCGCCAUCUCCGACUCCAUCGCCAUGCUCAUCGUGAUGCGAAUGCUCAGUGGUGGCGCCUCCGCUUCCGUUCAGGCUGUCGGUGCGGGCACGAUUGCUGACCUCUGGGAGCCUCGGGAAAGAGGCCGCGCGAUGGGCAUCUUUUAUCUCGGGCCAUUGUGUGGUCCUUUGCUAGCACCCAUUGUUGGCGGUGUCUUGGCCCAACGCUGGGGCUGGCGAAGUACCCUGUGGUUUCUCGCAGCGUACGGUGCACUGACCGUUAUCUUUAUCUUUCUGGCUCUGCCGGAGACAUUGGCGGUUCAGAAACCUGUUCUUCCCGAGACUGAAGAAGAUGGUGAGCCCAUCAGUCGACCUCUCAGUCGGGUAUCAACGCGAAAGAUGGCGCGCACAACCACAAAAUGGCUCAAAAUGCUGAAGGUGGUCUUCAUUGAUCCUCUGAAGAUUGUUCUCUAUCUUCAGUAUAUCCCGGUCCUUUUGACGGUUUACUAUGCCAGUAUCGCUUUCGGAUCAUUAUACGUCUUGAAUGUGAGUGUUGAAGAGACAUUUGGAAAGGGCCCGUACAAUUUCUCGACCGUCAUUGUCGGCCUGCUCUACAUUCCGAACUCGGUAGGCUAUGUGGUGGCCAGUCUCUUCGGUGGAAAGUGGAUGGACAGCAUCAUGCAAAGGGAAGCAAAGAAAGCAAACCGUUAUGACGAGAAAGGACGGCUCGUCUUUCGUCCGGAGGAUCGAAUGCGAGAAAAUGCCUGGCUUGGAGCCAUUCUUUAUCCCGUUGCGCUGAUAUGGUACGGUUGGACGGCCGAGAAGGGUGUCUUCUGGCUGGUUCCGAUGAUCGCCAAUUUCUUCUUCGGCAUCGGGUCCAUGUUGAUCUUUAGUAUGGUUACAACAAUGUUGACCGAGUUUAUGCCCAAGAAGUCGUCCGAGGGAGUCGCUCUCAACAACUUCAUGCGCAAUAUUUUCUCGUGUGUCGGAUCUCUCGUCACGGCCCCGAUUAUCAAUGCUAUAGGUAACGGCUGGCUCUUCACGAUCCUCGGCUUGGUUAGUCUUGCCAGUAGCUGCGUCAUCUUCUUCAUGAGGGUUUUUGGUCCCCGUUGGAGACUGAAGAUGGAUGCACGGAUGAAUGGUGUUCACUCUUGA